CUGGCUCUGAGUGGCGGCACCCCUCCAACAGCUAGUGCCUAGCGAAGACCCCCCGGGCCUCUAACUGAACAGGCCACUCCAUCCCGCGAACGGGCCCCACGCACAACGCUGCUCACCGCAGCGCCUGCCGAAAGAUCCCAAGUCCAGAACUUCCCCAAUUCCGAUAUAUUUUUGUGACCCCGACCACAAAAAAUCUGCUUGAACAGGUCAAAAUUCCCUUGGUCGUCUUUGCUAUUUGCGGUGGCCUUUGCUUCAGGGAGAUAGGAAGGGAAAAGCACUGUGCCAUCUCUUGCAGCCAUGGGAAACCCGGCGUUUUCGCAGGCCAACAUCAAUGGCGUGUAUAUCCCCUCGGUGCUUCUGAUCGUUGGAGUCGCCAUCGUUAAGCGGGAAUAUGUCCCUUACGCAGUCGCCCUCGCUGCCAUUGUCGGGGGCUACAAGAUCUUCGCUGGCUUGACCCCAUCGUCACGAAAAGUCCUGAAGCCCGACGCCUUCCAAGAAUUCCCAUUGACCAAGAUCACCAAGACCUCCCACAAUGUGGCCAUCUACCGAUUCGACCUGCCCCGGCCCACGGACAUUCUGGGUCUCCCCAUUGGCCAGCACAUGUCGUUGGCAGCAACACCCAAGGGCGCCGAUAAAGAGGUAGUCCGGUCAUAUACACCUAUCUCUUCCGACGAGGACCAAGGUUUCUUUGAGCUCAUGAUCAAAGCGUACCCCCAGGGCAAUAUCAGCGCUCACAUGACUACCUUGAAGGUUGGGGAUACCAUGAAAGUCCGCGGUCCCAAGGGCGCCAUGGUGUACACCCCGAACAUGUGCAAACGCAUUGGCAUGAUUGCAGGCGGAACAGGAAUCACGCCCAUGCUGCAGAUCAUCCGCGCCAUCAACCGUGGUCGGCCCCGAAACGGCGGAAAAGACACCACCAAGGUGGAUCUGAUUUUUGCCAACGUCAACCCUGACGAUAUUUUGCUGAAGGAGCAGCUUGACGCGUUGGACAAGGAAGACCCCGACUUCAGCGUCUACUAUGUCCUGAACAACCCGCCUGAGAAAUGGGACGGCGGAGUAGGCUUUGUGACUGCAGAUAUGAUCAAGGCCAAACUCCCGGCGCCGGGACCUGACAUGAAAAUCCUGAUCUGUGGUCCCCCGCCCAUGGUCAGCGCAUUGAAGAAGGCCACCGAAAGCCUCGGGUACCAAAAGGCUAGACCGGUCAGUAAACUGGAAGACCAGGUGUUUUGCUUCUAGAGAAGAUCAGCGUGGUGGGUCUAUAGAUCGUUUAUGGAUCUAGCAGGGAAUGAGAAAAGACAGCGAGCCCAUCCCUCGCAUUUCGGAGUUUUUCUGUCUGCAAAACAUCGAGGCAUUGGGUCGAAGCUGGGCAGGUGUUGAGUUGUCGCUGCGGUCGGGCAUAGCAGCUUGUCAAUAGAUGGCCAUACCCUCUCAGUUGAUCAGCACUUGAAGAGCAUCGUCAUUUGGCACGAUAUAGAGGAUUGAAGUUUGUGGCUGUGCAAAUGGUCGUUGUAGUUAUUGCCCCCCAUCCGGUGCAUCUGAUCAGCCUAUGACGUCAAUCUUGUAUAUCGCACCAGUUCCCCCUUUGCGCCCCGAUCAGGAAAUCAAGGAAGCGUCUCUUUCACACGCGCU